UUAAAAAAAAAGACCCAUCCGCUCGGCGGGAUUACUCGGCGUCAAAAUGGCUCUCAGUUACUUCCACGUCGUCUGCCUCAUGCUUAGCGUGUUGUCUUUCAUACUGCCCGCUGAGAGUGAUGACCAUGGGGCAGAUGUAGUGAACUAUGACAGAGACACAUUCCAAUCAGCUAUAACUGACCAGAAACAUUUUGUCAUGUUUUUUGCACCCUGGUGUGGCCAUUGCAAACGUCUGGCACCAACAUGGAAUGAACUGGCCAAGAUUUACAAUAACGAGGAAUCAUCAGUCACUAUUGCCAAGGUGGACUGCACAAUAGAAACAGCAUUGUGUUCUGACCAGGAUGUAACAGGUUACCCUACUCUUAAGUUUUACCAUAAGAGCCUGGAUGACUUUGUUCGCUACAAAGGAAAUCGAGACUUGGAUUCCUUGCAGAAAUUUGUAGAGGAGCAAGUGGAUCGGACUGUGAAGGACACAAUUGUUCCUCCUGUACCUGAAGAAGAUAAGGAUCAGGGUCCAACAGAACUGACAGAUGAAACAUUUUCCAGUGUCAUCAAGCAGGGAACCCAUUUUGUCAAGUUCUUUGCACCUUGGUGUGGCCACUGUAAACACUUAGCUCCAACAUGGGAUGACUUGGCUAAAUCAUUUGCUGGCAGUAAGAAGGUCACUAUUGCCAAGGUUGAUUGCACAAGCUCAAAAACUGUCUGCACUGACAUGGGGGUUAGUGGUUACCCAACUCUCACCUGGUUUCAGGAUGGUGAAAAGGUUGAACAGUACACUGGUGGUCGUACCCAUGAAGAGUUGAAGAACUUUGUAAAUAACAAGCUAAAGGAAUUAGGGGAAGCAUCUUUUGGUCAAGAAGAGGAGAAGGUUCCAGAAAACCUUGUGGAGGAACCAGUUCGUGAUCUGACUGAUGAAAGCUUUGAGAGUGUAGUUGCUGAAGGACUCACAUUUGUGAAAUUCUUUGCUCCUUGGUGUAGUCAUUGUCAGCGACUGGCUCCAACCUGGGAGGAACUAGGAGCUGCAUAUUCUGAAAAACCUGUAACUAUUGCCAAAGUGGACUGCACACAGCACAAGGCCGUUUGUGACUCUCAGAAUAUCCAUGGUUAUCCUUCACUGCUAAUUUUCCAAAAUGGAGUCCGCCUUGAAGAGUAUAAUGGUCCUCGUUCCCUUGAAGACCUGAAGAAGUUUGUGGAUAAAUUUUUAGCACAUGUAGAGUUAUAAAUGGAUGUAGUCUUUAUGGUUUGAAAAUGUUUAAUUUGUGAUUUUGUAUGGUUUGCACAGUCAUUUUAAGUCCUUUGUAUAUGAUCACCCUUCUAUCACAGGCAGACAAGGUUAUGCAUGCACACACAUACAUGUAUGACUUUUGAUUAAUAAUACAGUUUCUUUUGAUAUAUAAAAACCAAAUACUACAACUUUGCCUUUGACGUUUGCAACUCCAAAGCUGUGGUACGACCAGAACUGUACAGUAUCUAGAAAACAUUGAUGUUUAAUUCAGUUGUCCAUAUUUAUUAGGUUUUUUUCCUCUAAAACAUUUAAAUUUGAAAAAUAAAAAUUCCAGCCAUAGUUGUAAUUAUGUAAAAAAAAUGCAGAAGUGUUGAUGCGCUUUUUCGCAUAUACCCAUACUUUUCAGAGGGUGAACAUGGCUUAAGAGCACUUGAAUGUAUGAAAGUCUGACCAGCAAUCUGUAGCUGUAGUUUGUAACUGUUUAGAAUGAUAUGAGAAAUUUGCACGAGUUAUAGUGUGAAUGUUUGGUAAUAUGCAUAUGGCAAGAUAUAGAUAUAUGUAUGGGUACACACGUAUGCAGAGGCUGGCUUCAAAAACCGAUGAUGUGUGCAUGUUAAAUGAUCAUAAUUGGUCGUAUAAUGUUUGUGCAAGUUAUCAGCAUAGAAAGCCCACGUACACAUGUAAACUUUAUUUUCUUAUGGUUAGUUAUCUGUUUAUUGCUGUGUUGCUGCAGUUAAAAAAAACAACGCUGCUUUACUUGAACUGUGGUUUGUGAGCAGCAUAUGUUUGUGAACAUGUCCACACCUCUGCAUCAGAUAGAAAGGAUGGAGUCCAUAUGUUUCUGCAUAAGUGUGCAUGCAUAAAUUUGUACCUGAAUUUCAAGAGGCUAGGGAUAGAGCUCCUUUCUGGGGAAAGAAGAAAACUAAUUUUUUUGUCUCACAUUGUCUCUUAUUUUAAUAGGUUUAAGUCUUGUAACCUAACAACAUGUUUAGCCAUUCGUUUGUCUUCCAGGUUCUCAGUGUUAUGGUCUGUUAACUGCAGCAUCUCUUUUGAGUGUAAAUGAUGACAUUGAAAACUGUAUGGCAGUUAUGGCAAUAUGAUUUUUGCAGAAACUUUAUUUUGAGUCUGUGACAAGAAGAACUUGAAUCCCUUCACAACGAUUGUAAUUAUUGUAAAUGUCGAGAAUUUUGUCAUAGAAUCUGCUCACUAAAUGAAUGCUGACAUGAGAAAGAUAUGGUUAAUACCUUACAAGAUGGUUUUGGACAACUUUGUUGGGUUUUUACUUUGGUUUUUUUUUGGAUUAAGUUUUGAAUUUGCUGUCAUGAAAGAGAAUAUUCAGGAUGUGCAUGAUGAGUGAGAAAAUUGUUAGUGUUCAUUUGCAAUGUUGCUUUCUAAAACCAGAGAUGUCCUCAUGCACUGUAAAGUUUAAAUAACGUUCUGUGUAAAGUUCAACCAGUGUGCCUCAGCUGGUUAUUUAUCUGAAAUAUAGUUAAGGUUCAGUUUUUUUGAAUUUCUUUUUUUCAUUGCUGCAAUAUAGUCCAGUCGAAAGAAAAUGUAAACUUUCAGUGCAUGAUGAGUUUGUUAUAUGCACCCAACAUGUUUCAGGUUAUGGUUUUGUAUUAAAAGAAUAAGUAUUAAGGUUUUUUCCUGCUCUUGAUAGUUUGGGUAUGCACAGAUUAUUUGUUAGAAGUAAUUUUAUUAGCCUUUAGCAUUUUUUAAAGUUGUCUUUUAUUUACUUGCAUGAGGAAGGGAGAUAACUCGUGUUCCAGCUGUUAAUCUACGAAGACUAUUUUAAUCAGUUAUUUACCAUGCCACCCUAAAAUAUUAUAGCACUUUGUGUCAGCCUUUUGAUUGGAAGACACCAGGUUAUGAUCAACUUAAGACAUGCAUUGCUUUUUAUUUUGGCAACAUGAAAGUAGUCCUGUGUUGUCAUAGCAGUUUGGUCUUGUACAUGCUUUGACCUGUAUGUCCCUAGAUUUCACAAGAGGGUAGGCUGAUUACUGGGGUGCAAAGAUUUGUAGUUUGCAUGUAUGUCCCUGUUAUAGUAAAUAUUUGAAUAAAUUUGCACGUUCUGUUGCCUA